AUUAUCUAUUUGAGUGGGGGGCAAUUACAAAUACUUAUAACUAUAUCUAAUCAGCAGUCCAAUAAAAACAAUACAACCACAGAAAAAAUUAUUAUCGACUAUACACCAGCUGCAGUUUAUCAGUGAGCCGCCCGUUUGUGCCCUUUUUGUCAUGACCGCAUUUUUGCAGAAGAUGUACCGCGGGGGAAGGAGCGAGGUAUGGAACCCUUGUCAGGACCUAUUUUGCGAAUACCAGAGCGGUAGUCACGCCAUUCUUAUACUAAAUACCGAUUUUAAUCUGCCUCCGGGCUUUUUGCUCAAUUUGUGGAAGCAAGCAAAGGUUAGGAUAACGGUGGAUGGGGGCACGGGUCGGUGGCUGUCGUGGCUCAAAUCGCACCAUUUGGAUUACGAGGGGGUUAGUCCGCCUGAUCUUAUCACCGGGGACAUGGACUCGUUAUCGAAAGAGAUUUUAGAUUUCUUUGCCAAAAACCAAGUGACUAAAGUUGUUAAAACGCCCGAUCAGAAUCACACCGACUUCACCAAAGCGCUAAUCGAGCUGAACAACACUUGCAUAGCACAAAAUCUACAACUUGAGUCAGUUUUUGUGAUCGCGGACACGUGCGGGCGAUUUGAUCAAAUCAUUGCGAACAUUAAUACUCUCUGUAAGGCGCCGAAGAUUGUUAAAAAAUUAAAGGUUUAUCAAGUCGCGUCAAAUUCAAUCACUUGGCUGUUACAAGAUGGGGAGCACACAAUCCAUAUUCCGCAAGAAUUGCGGAAAAGCAACGAAUGGUGUGCUUUAAUCCCCAUUAAGUCACCAACGUAUGCCACAACAACGGGCCUUAAAUGGAACUUAAAUCAGUCAAAACUGGAGUUUGGGGGGAUGGUAAGCACCUCAAAUACGUAUGAUGGGGUGUCGCCCACGGUCACCGUUUCCAAUGACAGUACUUUGAUCUGGUCAAUGGGAAUAGAAACGCUUCUAGUCUAGCGAGUGAUAAAUACAUUUUUUAAUUUAGUUGGGGGCCUUAUUCCUUAAAUUUACUUAGAAACAAUUAUAAUAUUUCCUAUGUAAUUUUGGAGUAGAUAGCUAGUAUCUGUCAAUGAAGCGGAUAUUAAUGCUAUUGAAACCAUGACUGUGUCAUUUUUUUGAAAAUAUUUAUUUUUGUAUAAUAAAAGUUAAUAGAAAUUUGGUUGUUACAA